CCUACGCGCUGCGCGUCCCAUUAUGCUCUCUAUCUGCCCUUACCUCGAAUUUUUGUCUUGCCUUCCUUACAUGCGAUACACAAUUGUGUAUAUGUUCUCAAAAUCUGAUUAUAAGGUCCAUCACAUAUCACUUCCAAAAGUCUUAGUGUCAAUUUCUGAUGCAAGAUUUUGCGCUUCACAUUCACUUUCUUUAACGAUUUCAAAGUCUACUGGACCACUGGACCACUGGACCACUUCUUAUUCCAGCUGCUAAGAAUUUCAGAACCUCCCAACUCUUACCUUUUGAAAAAUUUACUACUAAUAUUAUUUAUAAAACAUCUAUUUGCAUCUACCUUGGCUCUUAAACAUACCCCUUGAAUCGCAUGCGCGUCUUAUACGAUACCUACAACUAUGCCUGAUGAAGCGGAUAUAAUGGACGAGCUCCACGGGCUCAAUGGGUUUGUACCACGAGAUAUAGUUAUGUAGGAGUUAACUGACUAAUUUUGUUAGAGAACUGAAGAGCUUCCCUGCCGGUGCGCAUUGGUUCUGUCCCAAGCGGAAUGACGAAGAUUAUGUCGACUAUUCCCGCCCAGACGACGCCGAGGAAGAUAUGAGCGCAGAAACCAAGAAAGAACUUAUACAAGAUGCCCAGCGGAGACAGACUGUUGCAUAUAAAUCUUCUCUCAUUAUAGGAUUAGAUCCCGAUUCAGGUGGCCCCAUGGUAGAAGACUACCUUAAACAUUUAAACAAACUUUUGACGUGCUGUGAUAAAUGUGUGCAUAAUUGGCAUAUAGGUCGCAAGGCAUAUCUUAAGGAACUAGCAGAGUAAAAUUCCACCACAUGCACUUCGUUCCGAUUCUAACAUGUCUUAGGAGUUUCGAUGAUGAAACUGUCGCAGAGCUUUCGAACCGCCUGAACGCUAUCGACUUUCAACGUAUAGAUAACGGGCUAAGGUCAAGCAAGAAAGUCAUAUCCGACGUGGAGUCUCCAAUGAGGACGCAGAAACUGCUUGCUGGAUACGACUCCUCCCUUCUAUUGUCCCUCUACGAAUCACUUUGUUGCGUCGAUUAUCAUAAAUCUGAGGAUAACCUAUCAAAGCACUUCGAUUUCGUCUUUGAAGAAAUACAAGCAAAGAAAGUCCUGAGAAUUAGCGACAUAUUACCAGCUACAGGACGUUUUUUAUUCGAUAAAAAUGUCAUACGACUGCGAUUCGCUAGGUGCGCCUGGCAGAAAGCUACUACUAUGCUUACCCCCGAGUCAUUCGAAUGGGUCGUACAUGACACACUGUCGGAAGCAAUUAUUUCUGUGACUCAAGGAAAUUACGAUUACGAUGAUAUCAUACGCUUUUGGGAAGGAUUCCUUUUGAUUUUAGACAAACUAGAUGAACACCUCAUAACACAUUCUCUCCGAGCAAUGGAGGUUCAACCAAAUGUGUAUAUGCUUGCACUCAACCACUUGGCCUGUAAAUCGGAAAGGAUCGGCCAGCUAGUUAUCGAAGUACUCCGAGGCUUACUCAAAAGGUCCUCAAAGAACUUCUGGGCUGCAUUUAACACAAUCUCGCCCGCCACUAUUGCAGAAAACAUUUUCCGGAGUGGUGGCUUUGAGGGAAUGCUUUGCAGAAUAAACUUUGGAGACCCGGAAAUCUCUUUUGCUCUGGCAUGGAUACCUGAACUUGUGGAAUCACUUCCUUCUGAUCGUCAAUAUGAUGCUUGCAGCUUCCUGCUCGAAUUUCUUCUACGACGUUAUCAAAAGACGACGUGGCCGGAGAAUACCAGGCUUGCUUGUUGUUGCGUAGCGCUCGAUACUCUCCGUGCCACUUUAAACACCUUUGUCGACUCGGAAUACAACAUCAACCCGUCGACGUCUCUUAUAUUCAUCAAUAACAUCAUGGGACUUGUUGACCAAUACAAGGAGACGAUUGCGAGAUCUGCUGAUCUGAAUAUGGCCGACGCUACACAUCAAGAAAUGAGGAGGCUUGGUAUGUUAGUGGUACGAGAUGCUUUGGCACUCGAUUGCAAAUCUUUGAGUGCGGAGUUCCAGGCUCUCGCGCAAAAUAUCCCGAUACAACAGGGUCUUAGAAGCCAUUCUCAACCAAUUUGGCAAGCUGUUCUUGACAUUUUUAGACCAGGAAACGUAGAUUUAGCCAAGAGUAUUCUUGCGGCAACAACUCACCUAACCGGCUUGGAUGAACUCACACCACAGACGAAGAAAUCACCGCUUCCUCCCUCCCAUCUACAAUAUAACAAGGACUUUCAUCAACUCACCGAGAACGUGUCUAGAAUUUUUGAGCGGCUUAGUGAUUUUGAUGCAUCUCAUUUGAUUGAGAUGUACCGGGAUCCUCAGACUUCUCGUCCACUGUUUGCAGCCCUUGUCUCUGCUGACCAAGAGAUUUUCGAAGCUGCUGUUGAGGUUGUUAAAGCUGCAACAGGCCAAGUAAGCAAGCGAGAAGCUAUGUCGAGCUUGUUGGAGCAAGCAUUUGUACCAAUGUUAAAUUCCUUGACAUUUGCUACCGUCCGAGUCACAAAGGCAAAAAAUUUCUCCCCUGUUCCAUAUCUAAUUAAAGUUGGGCGGGACAUGCUCAAUGCUCUAUGUGGAAACACGGGAUAUUUACGAAAUCAUCCUUCUUUGGAUUCCACAGAACGAGGCGCUGUAAUGUCUUGGUGGACUAACCAGUGGCGUGCUCUUGAUGUGACAUUCUCUAACACAGAAUCAUGGGGAGGUCGUGUACAACGCUCAAAGGAAUACUUGCAAGAUUUUUGCCGAGACGGCAUGGAAUAUGCAGAGUCUUUGUUCAACCAAUAUAGUAUCAUCGCUUCUGCUCUAAGCGAGUCUCCUGGCUUGUCUAAUGAUGAGUCGACACCCCACAGCUCGUCAAAGUCGGCAUUGAAGAAGGUAUUGCAAGUCGUUUGCCUGAAUGUGAACGGUCUGACCAUGAUGCUCAGGCUGAGAGAUAUCUAUUUAGUCAGUGUGAUCACUAGUCUUCUUGGAAAGCUUCUUAGAUCAUUAGCAGAGUUUGAUGUUGAGGUCCAUCAGUACGCACUAGAGUAUAUACAAGAUGCAUGCAGAAACGACAGCGAUUCAAGAUACAGAAAGACCAAUCUUACUAAUCAACAAAAAGCCGAGUUACAUGCUGCUCUUGAUGAGCAUAAAGGAGUGGAGGUUAUAGAAAUCCACCCUACAACGGCUAAGAAACAGCAAUCAAGAAUUGAUUCAUGGUCUAAGUCAGCAGAUGGUGUAAAACAUGAGCCGACAAUCAAUAUCAAGGGACGCCAUACUCAAACGUCGCUCGAUACUUGGUCAAAAGCUGGAGACGGCAAAACAUACGAGCCAGUCAUCACUCAAUCCAACAAGGCAUCACAAGCUCCCUUCACCCUCUCUGAGCAUCAUAAGAGUAUUAUAGACCAAAUGAGAGCACAGCCACCACUGAAGAACGUCCAAGUCACUGAAGAUUGGAAGGACAAACGCCGUAAAGAUGCAGAGGAUAAGAAGAAGCGGGACGCAGAAGCUAUUGCGAAAGCGAAAGCCCUUCGUGCCCCAACGGCUUUAGUAAAGGGUGAAGGAUCUGGUCUAAAGAACCUGAGUGGUGUAGCAGGUAAAGAUCAUGCGCCUGUUCGAAGUGAGAUAAUGGUGGGAUCAUCAGACGAAGAUUCGGAUGAUGAUGAUGACGAUGGUUCCGACACGAACUUACUUUUCAGCAAAAGCCGGGAGACUUCUAAGGCAGUCAAAGAGUAUGAAGAAAGCAGGAAAAAGGCUCUGUUACAAGCGGCGGCGGGCCCAGUACGAAAGACCAAGAAGGUGUACUCAAAGAAGGAUCUUCGUGCUCGUUUGGAGCCAAACAUGGAUAUCAUAUAUCUCGAGCUACUCAAUUGGGACAUUUUCCAUGAGGGCGAGGACCCUCCAAGCAACAAUGUUUGUAGGAAGAUCGCCAACAGCUUCCUCGACCUCGGACUCUAUAAGGAUACCUUCAAGCCUUUGCUCAUAUCAGAAGUAUGGCGAUCAUUGCUAACGGCCAAAGAAGAGAACAACUAUAAGCCUAUAGAAAUAAAGGUUCUGAAUCGUUUAUCUGUUGAUAAGUUUAUGGAAGUUAGCACUACUAUGUCGAUUUCCAACCAAAGAGACCUCAUGGUGUACCAACAAGACAUUGUGCUCCUUUCUAAAAGCUCAAAUCCGCUUCAAGACAAGCAAGCACCACAUUGCCUAGCACGCGUUUUUAGGACAACCCGUAAGCGUGAUGCAGUGGAAGUCACAUACAGAGUCAGUAGGGAUAUUAGCCCUGAACUUCUGAAUUGUUUUGUGCCUAACGGCAAAUUGUACACCCUCAAAAUCACUGAUAUGACGACAACACUGCGAGAGUUUGCAGCCCUGAGCAGUCUCGAAUACUACGACUUAUGCACCGAAAUUCUGGAGGCAAAGCCUUCUCCGUUACAAAAAUAUUCGGAUGAGAAGGUUACUUCGAUUUCGACUAGGUAUAAGCUCAAUAACGGGCAAGCCAAAGCAAUUUUGUCCGCAAAUGAUAAUGAUGGUUUUACUUUGAUCCAAGGGUAUGUAUUGCAUUAUAUUCUGCUUCCCAAUCACACUGCUAACAGUACCAGUCCUCCCGGAUCAGGAAAAACCAAAACUAUUAUUGCGAUGGUUGGUGCUUUACUAUCCCAAGUGCUUCAGCAGCAAGCACAACAGGUUGGCUUCAGGCCACAAGGUCAAAAUGGCGGCGUAGGCGCCCAAGCCCAAGCUCCUAAGAAAAAGCUACUUAUCUGCGCUCCCAGUAACGCCGCUGUUGAUGAAUUGGUCCUCCGGUUGAAGGAGGGAAUAUUGCCUCUCACCGGCUCUCAUCAAAAGAUUAACGUCAUCCGUGUCGGACGAAGUGAUGCCAUCAAUUCUACCGUGAAGGAUGUCACGCUUGAUGAAUUGGUUAGGAUCAAGCUCGAAGGGGACCAAGAGUCCAAAAAGGGUCAAUUGAAUGACCGGGAGAAGCUACACAGGGAUGCAGGGCUUAUAAAAGAGAGGCUCAAUGUCAUAAGGCCUGAAAUGGAGAAGUGCCGUGCGGAAGGUGACAGAACCUCGGAACAGAAACUGCAAAGAGAGUUCGACGAGCUUAAGCGGAAGCAAGCACACAUUGGUAACAAAAUCGAUGAGGACAAGGAAAGUGACAACAAGGUUCGACAAAAUGAGAUCAGUAGACGUCAUUUUACGCAGGAAAUUAUCGAUGGCGCCCACGUUCUCUGUGCUACGCUCAGUGGAUCUGGACACGAUUUUCUAAGGAAUGUCAAUGUUGAAUUCGAGACAGUCGUUAUUGACGAGGCUGCUCAAUGUAUUGAGCUCAGCGCUCUUAUACCUCUCAAGUAUGGUGCUACGAAAUGUAUCUUGGUCGGAGAUCCUGAGCAACUGCCUCCAACAGUCCUCUCACGACUGGCAAAGAGUUAUGGCUACGAACAGAGUCUUUUCGUCCGAAUGCAGCGGAACCAUCCUAAAGAUGUUCACCUACUCGACACUCAGUACCGCAUGCAUCCCGAGAUCAGUCGAUUUCCAAGUCAGCAGUUUUAUAACAGCCGUCUUAUUGAUGGUGAUGGAAUGGCACAGUUACGGGUCCAGCCAUGGCACGCAAGCUCCAUUCUGGGACCUUAUCGAUUUUUUGAUGUUGUGGGUGUACAAAGCAAGGAAACCAAGGGACAUUCGCUCAUCAACGUUCCUGAGUUGAAUGCUGCUAUCCAGAUUUAUCAACGACUUAAGAUAGAUUACAGAUCUUAUGAUUUUAGAGGUAAAAUCGGUAUUAUUACAACCUACAAGGCUCAAUUGAACGAGCUUAAACGACGUUUUGGUGCGAAAUUCGGAGACGAAAUUUUUGAAGAGAUUGAAUUUAAUACGACUGAUGCUUUCCAAGGUCGAGAGCGAGAGAUCAUCAUAUUUUCUUGUGUUCGUGCCAAGGCUUCAGGAGGUAUUGGUUUCCUGAACGAUAUCCGACGCAUGAACGUAGGCCUGACUAGAGCCAAAUCGUCCUUGUGGGUUCUUGGAGAUUCUAGGGCAUUGGAGCAAGGUGAAUAUUGGAACAAACUUAUUCAAGACGCCAGGAGCCGUAGCAGAUAUACAAGUGGCGAUAUCAUGGGAUUGUUGUCAAAGCCGACGUCUAAGGAUGCACCAGCGAUAGACUAUUCACAAUUAUCCUCUAGUGUCAACGGCAAUAUAUCUAGGCGGUCAUCUGCGAAAAGCGACAGCGAUAUCGACAUGACAGAUGUGCCACAAAAUCAAAGUUCACGCGGAUCAGGACCGGGUAGUAGUAGCACAACACCCGCGGAUAGUGAUGAUAGGAUGACACCGACAAAUGUCGAGACUGAGCAGAGAAAGAGGCCCAGGGAACAAGAGCCUCGAGAAGAGAAUAUUCCGAAAAAGCAGAAGGUAAGCCAACGAAGACUGGCGUGGUACAUUCGCAAUUUCUUUCAGCAUAGGUUUAUGUUUUGUUAACUCGAAUAGAUUCCACCCCCGGAAGUCGAUCAUGCACCUGCUAUAAUCAACCGGGGCUCAGCCGAACCUCAGCGAAGUGCUCAAAAAGUUGAUCUGGAAGCUGCACUUCAAGCACAGCAGGCAACUAAAGCUGCAGCGGCAGCGGCAGCGGCGCGUAUACCAAAGUCUAAUCUACCCCAUCCUCCGCGCAGAAAGGCGCCGGCAGACCCCUUUAUUCAGCGUAAACCAGCAAAAAGAAAGUGAGGAAAGCAUGGAUUUAUUUAUUGAUAUCUUUAUUGAAGGUUGGGAACCUGCAUAACUUGGCGCAACAGAAUAUUAGCAUGGCGAACGGCGCACGUGUGAGAAAAGUGAGAAUCUUUUUCGUAGAUGUGAUAGAUCUUAGAUGGUAGAAAAUAGUUGCAGCUUGGUGAUUGUGACAGCUUUAAUACACAUGCUAGAAAUCCAAAAUGGAGAGAGCUUAAAUUGAUCUCUAUCAAUUUAAUUGCCCUUAAUACUGCCAACGAUAAGACUCUCAAGGUAAAAU